CACGAAUCAAGAUAGAGAAUAACACGUGUUCAACUUACAUCCAUAGAAUUCUCUUCCCUCACUAAUUAUCCACCAACAAAUCCAAACUGAGCAAGUGAGUGUUAGAGUUCCUACUCCAAGUUUCAACUUCAAAAAGAAGGAAAAAAAAUGGGUGUGAUUAAAUCAGCUAUAUCAGAUGCAAUUCUAACAUCAAUAUUCGUUUUCUUCAUCUCAACACUAAGAAUUCUCACUUCAAAAACAGCUUUUCUUCUCAAUCUGGAACCAGUUUCACUACCAGGCCUAUUCAUCACAACCAUCCUAAACACAAUAAUCAUCCUCACAAUAACCCUAAUAGGAAGAAUCUUAGGAGGUGCUAGCUUCAACCCUUCCUCAACAAUUUCCUUCUACACAUUAGGACUAAGACCCGAUUCAUCUCUCCUAUCAAUGUCCAUUAGAUUUCCAGCUCAAGCAAUCGGCGGAGCUAUCGGUAUCAAAGCAAUCCUUCAUGUCAUACCAAGUGAGUAUCUACACAUGGUGAAAGGUCCUUCUUUGAAAGUUGAUAUUCAUACAGGAGCUAUAGCUGAAGGAGUUUUGAGUUUUACUCAUAACUUCGUUAUUAUACUAGUUAUGCUUAGGGGUCCUAAGAAUCCUUGGUUGAAGGUUUAUUUGCUUUCUGUUACAACUUUGGUUUUGGUUGUUUUGGGUUCUGGUUAUACAGGACCUUCUUUGAACCCUGCUAAUGCUUUUGGUUGGGCUUAUGUGAAUGAUAAGCAUAAUACUUUGGAGCAGUUUUAUGUGUUUUGGAUAUGUCCUUUGAUUGGAGCUUCUCUUGCUGCUUUGGUUUAUCGAUUUGCGUUUAUGUCACCAGUUAAGGAGAAGAAGGCUUGAGUUGAUGGAUAAGUUCAAAAUUGUAUUCUGCAACCGCAAUUGUAACCAAAACAUGACGAUUUUAGAGGCUUCUAGGGCGACAUUUUAAUCGAAAUUGUCAAUUGUUUGUUUGUAAUUUAGGUUUCUAGUGUAAAACUGUAACUCUAAUUUAGAACCAUUAAGGAGUUUAAACUUGUUAA